AAACCGGUUUCAGGUUAACUAGACCACUUAUGUUCGUGAUUGAGAAGAAACCUAAAUCACCUGAGAAGCCAUUCGAGAAAAAUGAGGUUUGCGAUAGAAUCGAUGAUAGCGAAGAGAUUUCUUCGUCGGAGUCAUUUCGAGAAAUGUGUCUGUUGCUGGAGACGAGCUCUCUCUGGUAAGAGUAGUUAUGAUUACAGACAGAAAUUGAGUAGAAAUGCGUUACUCGAUUUGAAGCUAGAUGAUGUUGUUGCUCUGUUCAAUGAAAUGGUCAAGUCUCGUCCCUUUCCUUCGAUUAUUGAGUUCAGUAAACUGUUGAGUGCUAUUGCUAAGAUGAAGAAGUUCGAUGUUGUCAUCUCUCUCGGCGAGCAGAUGCAAAAUCUGGGGAUUUCAUAUGAUCUCUAUUCAUACAAUAUUUUGAUUAACUGCUUUUGCCGACGCUCUCAAAUCUCUCUUGCUUUAGCUGUUCUUGGCAAGAUGAUGAAACUUGGUUAUGAGCCCGAUGUUGUCACGCUUUCUUCUCUUCUCAACGGGUACUGUCAUGGUAAGAGGAUAUCCGAGGCUGUAGCUUUGGUUGAUCAAAUGGUCGAAAUGGGAUGUCAACCAGAUACCGUCACAUUUACAACUUUGAUUCAUGGUCUUUUUCUCCACAACAAAGCUUCCGAAGCUGUGGCUUUAGUUGAACGGAUGGCUCUGAAAGGAUGUCAACCAGAUUUGGUUACUUAUGGUGUGGUAGUAAACGGAAUAUGCAAGAGAGGUGAUACUGAUUUGGCUUUAAAUCUGCUCAACAAGAUGGAAUUAUGGAAAGUAGAGCCAGAUGUUGUAAUCUACAACACAGUCAUUGAUGGUCUUUGCAAAUACAAACAUAUGGAUGAUGCGCUCCACCUAUUCAACAAAAUGGAAAACAAAGGAAUUAGACCUAAUGUUGUUACCUACAGCUCCCUCAUUAGUUGCCUUUGUAAUUACGGAAGAUGGAGUGAUGCCUCUCGACUACUGAGUGAUAUGAUUGAGAGGAAAAUCAACCCCGAUGUAGUCACCUUCAGCGCAUUGAUCGAUGCGUUUGUGAAGGAGGGGAAGCUUUUAGAGGCUGAGAAAUUGUACAAGGAGAUGAUCAAAAGGUCUAUAGAUCCUGAUAUUUUCACCUACAAUUCUUUGAUCAAUGGGUUUUGUAUGCGUCAUCGCCUAGACGAGGCCAAGCAGAUGUUUGAGUUUAUGGUUACCAAGGGCUGUUUCCCAAAUGUAGUGACUUAUAAUACGCUCAUAAAGGGAUUUUGUAAGGCUAAGAAGGUAGAAGAUGGUAUGGAACUCUUCCGCGAGAUGUCUCAAAGAGGAUUGGUUGGCGACACAGUCACUUACAACACUCUUAUCCAAGAGUUAUUUCAAGCUGGAGAUUGUGAUAUGGCUCAAGAAACUUUUAGUCAUAUGAAUUCUUUUGGUGUCUCUCCUGAUCUUUGGACUUAUAAUAUUUUGUUAGAUGGGCUUUGUAAUAACGGGAGGCUAGAGAAAGCAUUGGUGGUAUUCGAGUGUUUGCAGAAGAGUGAAAUGGAACUUGACAUAUUCACAUAUAAUAUUAUGAUUGAAGGGAUGUGUAAGGAUGGGAAGGUGGAAGAUGGUUGGGGUCUAUUUUGUAGCCUCACCCUUAAAGGAGUGAAGCCUGAUGUUAUAACCUACAACACAAUGAUCUCAGGCUUGUGUAGGAAAGGUUUAAACCAGGAAGCUUAUGCCUUGCUCAAAAAAAUGAAACAAGAUGGGCCUCCUCCAGAUAGCGGUACAUAUAAUACACUGAUCAGGGCAUGCCUUAGAGAUGGUGACAAAGCGGCAUCGGCAGAACUCAUCAAAGAAAUGAGGAGUUGCGGGUUUGCUGGAGAUGCUUCAGCGAUUGGCUUGGUCGCUAAUAUGUUGCAUGAUGGGAGAUUGGACAAAAGUUUUUUGGAAAUGCUUUCUUAAACAGUUUAUCCUUGAGAGAUUUGUUGAGGAACCAUGUGCCCUCGCGAGUUGAAUUAACUUAUUAUGUUGCUUUUCUGUUGAUUACUUCUGAACGCAUUUUCUCAUGUGUACAUAUUGGUUAGUCGUGUAUAAGCUUCAUGAAUAUGACUGAUACUGAUCUUUGUUAUGUAAGAGAGGUGAUAUUGAUUUGGCUUUGAGUUUGUUGAAGAAGAUGGAGAAAGGGAGAAUAGAGCCAAAUGUUGUAAUCUACAACACAGUUAUCGAUGGUCUCUGCAAAUACAAACAUGUGAAUGAUGCAUGCAACCUAUUCAAUGAAAUGGAGAACAAAGGAAUUAGACCAAAUGUUGUUACUUACAGCUCCCUCAUUAAUUGCCUUUGUAAUUACGGAAGAUGGAGUGAUGCCUCUCGACUGCUGAGCGAUAUGAUCGAGAGGAGAAUCAACCCCGACGUAGUUACUUUCAGCGCAUUGAUCGAUGCGUUUGUGAAGGAGGGGAAACUUAUAGAGGCUGAGAAAUUGUACAAGGAGAUGAUCAAAAGGUCUAUAGAUCCUGAUAUUUUCACUUACAAUUCAUUGAUCAACGGGUUUUGUAUGCACGAUCGUCUAGAUGAGGCCAAACAGAUGUUUGAGUUCAUGGCUAGCAAGGAUUGUUACCCAAAUGUAGUGACAUAUACUACUCUCAUAAAGGGAUUUUGCAAGUCUACGAAGAUUGAAGAUGGUAUGGAACUCUUCCGGGAGAUGUCUCAAAAAGGAUUGGUUGGCGAUACAGUCACUUACAACACUCUUAUCCAGGGGUUAUUUCAAGCUGGAGAUUGUGAUAUGGCCCAAAAACUAUUCACUAAUAUGUUGCAUGAUGGGAGAUUGGACAAAAGCUUUUUGGAAAUGCUUUCUUAAGACAUCCUUGAGGUCGAUCAGCUUUUCAUGUUGCUUUUCUAUUGGUUACUUCUAAAUACAGUCAUUAUGUUCUCAUGUUACAUGUGGAUAUAGCAGUGGCUGUUGUGUCUAAGCUUCAUGAAACAUAUCUUGUUUUGUUGCAAUUCAUUUUUUUCACCUUUCUCAAUUUCGGUCAUUGUAUAUAGAAGAAUAUAUCAUGUAAAUGAGAUUAUUAGUGUAAAACAAACCGAGAUCCCUAAGCGAAAACAGACUUAUUGCUAGGAAGGAAUCGAGGUUAAAUUUUAAAAUCGGAGAUGAAGAAAUUUUCUGAUUUCUUUUCUAAUAAUACACUUUUAAGCUUAACCGGAUCUAACAUUUUGUUAAACCAACCUAAACCAUACUUUAUUCCGGUUCCAAUUUUAAUUUAAUUUGGGUUGGAUAACAGUUUUGGUUUACUAAAUCAGCCGGACACGUAAGCUCUUCACGAACCACAUCUGUUCCGUUAUUAAACAAAAAUCCCCAAGUCCCCUCCUACGCUUCUUCUCCUGUCUCCAUCUUCCAUAUUUGCAGAGCUCGAGAUUCUUUCACAGUCUCAGUGGUUCGUUUAGGGUUUUGUUGAAUUUUACAGAGAAAUUGGGAAGCCAAAUCGAGAGAAUGCUUGCAAAGAUAUCAUCUAGAGGGAAGAGAUUUGUUUAUCGGAGUCUUGUGGUGAGAGGUUGGUUUACAAAGGCUAUUACCAUAGGAGGAGCUUCUAGUUCUAGAAGUGAACCAUCUUGUUCUAGAAGUGAACAAUCUGCCGAGCUUAGAAAUCCCAAAAGACAAAGGCAAUCGGAUCCAAAGCAUUCAGAGACAGCAGGUGCAGAGGAUGAUGUCAUGGAAGAUCAAUGAGUCUAACCGUCUUUGGAGAAUGUUUAGGUACAACUGGUACGAUUAGGUAUAACCAUGUUUCUGGGAUUAUGUUUUUUGAUUAUGUAUGAAUCUUAUUAUGGUCUCUGAUGUUGAUGUAUAAAUCUAAGUCUUACUUUAUGAAAAAA